AUGACGGACAAGCUUCCCCCUCCGUUGCUGGCGCUCUUCCAGCCUCGCCCACCCCUACGUUGGGUCACUCCCAUUGAUCGCGCCCCCGAAGACGUCAAAAAGAGCAAAAUCUCAGGCAUCGCGCAAUUCCUUCCCGAAGCGAAAAAGGUAGCAGAGGAGACUGAAUACAACCCAGUCGAAACCUGGUUGCAGCGCAAAUGGCGUCAAAAACUGGAAAACAAGGAGCGGUUGAAUAAGCAUUUGACCGAAGGCUUCGAGCUUUUUGACCCUAAUAAUGAUGCGCAAGCACGCGGUGAUCCUUUCAAGUCUCUUUUCGUUUCUCGGUUAAGCUAUGAAGUGACCGAACAAGAUCUGGAGAGAGAGUUCGGACGAUUCGGUCCUAUCGAAAGAAUUCGCAUUGUAAAAGAUACCGUUACGCCUAAAGGUUCGAAGAAGCCACACCGAGGUUACGCAUUUAUCGUUUAUGAACGCGAAAAAGACAUGAAAGCGGCCUACAAGGAAACAGACGGUAUCAGAAUCAGAGACCGACGUGUCUUGGUCGAUGUUGAACGUGGCCGAACCGUGAAAGGAUGGAAGCCUCGUAGGUUCGGUGGUGGUCUUGGGGGACGAGGUUACACAAAAGCACUGCCUUCACGACCUACUGGCCCAGGGGGCUUUGGCCCGCCUUCUGGACCCGGUGGUUAUGGUGGAGGUUUCCGGGGUGGUUUUGGUGGGAGAGGAGGUUUCAAAGGAGGAUUUCGAAACGACCGUGGAUUCGGACCCCGCGGAGGUAUUGGAUACCAAGGAGGCCGGGGCGGAUUCGGUGGACAGGCGCCACCAAAUGCUCCAUCGGGACCAGGAGGUGGCCGAAGUGGAGGAUUUGGAGGUCGUGACCGCGGUGGCACGGGUAGCAAUCGUGAGCCCAUCCGCCCAAGGGACAGCUAUGGAGAUCGGGACAGGCGAGACCGUGAUCGUGAUGACCGCCGUGACCGUGACAGGGACAGCUAUCGUUACCGCGACCGUGACCGCGAGCGUGAGCGCGACCGCUACGGAGGCAGGGAGGACCAAGGACGAAAGAGAUAUCAUGAAGAUGAUUCAUACGACGAUCCCCGUGCUAAGCGGCGAUACUAA